GGAACCACGCGAGAUUUUAAUGUUGUAGCAACAAUCUCGAAGGGAAAUCCAGAGACGAAGUUGUGGCAGGUUUUCAGUGAAAAGAUAACAGCACAGAGCCACCAUGAGCAGCCCGGGUGUACUACUGGACCGGUAUAAGGAGGUGUGCAAGACUGAAGGCAUCCCCGUCCACAAAUAUAUCCUCAAGGUCUUGGGGAAAGCACAGGAUGACUAUAUAAGCGAGCCCAGUGAUGAGAUGACCCUUGACCUGGCGGGGAACAACAAACUUCUGACGGAUGUGCGGCUGGAGGACAGGGACAUGGUGCCGCUGUGUCAGACCCUGGCCAACAGCACGUUUGUGUCCCGGCUGGACCUCAGGUACAACAACAUCACUGACGAGGGAGCAAAGCACCUGGGCAAACUCAUAGAGACAUCUGUGUCCCUGCGUUUCCUGAAUGUGAUGUGUAACGACAUCGGACCAGAGGGUGCAGAACAUAUUGCCAGGGGCUUACAUACAAAUGAGACUCUGUCGGAGUUGAAAGUAAACGGCAACAAGAUCGGGAACAAAGGAGGGAUGUUUUUUGCAUCAGCUCUGCAGAUCAACACGGGAAUAGAACAACUGGACCUGGGGGACGCAGAUCUGGGCACAGAAAGUGUGAUUGCUCUGGCCACCAUCCUCCACUACAACAAGUUUCUGAAGGCCCUGAACGUCAACCGGCCUCUACUCUUCACUCACCAGGAGGAGACGACAGUCCACAUGGCCAACAUGCUGAAGGUGAACACCACCCUGCGGGAGAUUCACCUGCAGAAAUACGACAUGCGAGACUUCGGCGCCGAGAGACUUGUGGAGACCCUACAGGAGAACAUCGCACUAACGUACCUCGACCUCAGCUGUAACAGAAUAACCCGGGACGGUGCCAAACACCUGUCCAAGCUGCUGAAGAAGAACACGCCACUUCAGGUGCUGGACCUGGGCUUCAACAGGAUUGAAGAUGACGGAGCUAUCUACCUGAGCGAAGCACUCAAACACUUCAACACAAACCUACACACACUUGUGAUCACCCACAACUGUAUCCGGGGUACGGGGCUGGUAGCUGUGGCUGACGCCAUGAAGACCAACACUAGUCUGUACAGUGUGUUCAUCUGCUCCUUCUUUCUUGCACCGCAGGCGUUUAAUGACCUGAUAGAGUCCGGCCGGCUGGACACAGAGCAGACCGACGUCCAGCCUUACGUGGUGGACGGCCGGGUCUACCUGUCGGAACUGUCCCACGGCAUCAGGAGGCACUACUACUGGACACCCAGCUAUGGGCCGGACGUGGAGAAGAAGAAAGACGAUCUUCUGAUGUGAUGUCUUCUUAAAGGCAUCCAAUGCGAUUUCAGGGCAGCAAAACUGGAAAUAUUCUGAAUAAGGCAAUCUUUGUGAUAUUGACACAUA